CAAUGAGCCGGUCAGCAUUGGCAAUCAGACGGUGCCAACUGCCUGAGAUCUCAGAGGCUGCUCUCUUGGGACUCAUCCUCCCAGGCUUCUAGAAGAUUAUUUUGGCCAUCAGCAAACAGCAGCAGCUACAGCCAGGACCCUCGUAGCCUGAAUUGCAAGUAGGAAAGAGACAGAGGGGGAAUCGGGAGACAAACCAGCGGGGGAAUUGGGAGCUGUGACGUCGUGUCUUCCCUCCUGUGCUGCCGCGAGCAAGCGAAGGGGAAGUAGAGGAAAAGGAGAGACUGACUGAGACUUGCGACUGACCUUCAUCCUGACAAUGUGUCAGUCAAACACCCUGCAGGGACCAGAUCUGCACGCAGGGAAAUGGUUGCAAUUCCCCCAGUUGGCCCUGAGGCGGAGGUUGGGCCAGCUCAGCUGUAUGUCUAAGCCUGCUCUGAAACUCCGUUCUUGGCCUCUGACUAUUCUCUAUUACCUUCUGCCUUUUGGUGCUCUUAAACCCUUGACCAGAGUGGGAUGGAGGCCUAUGAGCAGGGUUGCUCUAUACAAAUCAGUACCAACACGACUGCUGUCACGAGCCUGGGGACGUCUGAACCAGGUCGAGCUGCCAACCUGGCUCCGGAAGCCUGUGUACAGCCUGUACAUUUGGACAUUUGGUGUGAACAUGAAGGAGGCAGCUGUCGAAGAUCUUCAUCACUACAGAAACCUCAGCGAGUUUUUUCGCAGAAAGCUAAAACCACAGGCCCGGCCAGUCUGCUGCUUGCACAGUGUGAUCAGUCCCUCAGAUGGAAAAAUUCUCAACUUUGGACAAGUGAAGAACUGUGAGGUGGAGCAAGUAAAGGGUGUCACUUACUCACUGGAAUCCUUUCUGGGGCCACAGAUCAAUCCAGAGGACCUACAGUUCAGCCAAACCUCCUCUUGUAACUCAUUCCAAAAACAGCUCGUCACAAAGGAGGGGAAUGAACUCUAUCACUGUGUGAUCUACCUGGCCCCUGGUGAUUAUCACUGCUUCCAUUCACCCACUGACUGGAGAGUGUCACACCGACGCCACUUCCCAGGCUCCCUAAUGUCUGUGAAUCCAGGGGUUGCUCGUUGGAUCAAGGAGCUCUUCUGCCAUAAUGAGCGUGUUGUCCUCACAGGGGACUGGAAACAUGGCUUUUUCUCACUAACAGCAGUAGGAGCCACAAACGUGGGCUCUAUCCGCAUCUACUUUGACCAGGACUUGCAUACUAAUAGUCCACGUUACUCCAAAGGCUCCUACAAUGACUUCAGCUUCAUAACCAACAACAACAAGGAGGGCAUCCCCAUGAGGAAAGGAGAACAUUUAGGCGAGUUUAACCUGGGCUCAACCAUCGUUCUCAUCUUUGAGGCACCCAAGGACUUCAAGUUCCACCUCAAACCUGGACAAAAAAUUCGCUUUGGAGAAGCCCUGGGGUCCCUAUAGGAACUACCAGAGCAAGAAGAUUUUAUACAUGGAAGGACUCAGCUGUACAAGGAAAUGUUUCACUAAACAGAAAAUAUCACUCAGCAGGACCUGGGUAAGGGAAAUAACAUGCAUCACUGCUCUGUUAAACUGGGAGUGUGCGAUCUAUAUUGCACACCCUUGCUGAGUGCAGUAAAAUAAUCAGAUAAUUCAUAUACAUAUCAGGUACAGACGCCUUUAAGAAUGUUGACCAGGGAGGUUCCUAUUCCACCCUGUGCCUGCAGUCUUUCAUGCUCUCCCCCACUUUAGCCUGCCGAAAACUGAUUACAUUUACAGAGUAUAUAGGUCCUUACUGGGCCUGCCCAGACUCUGUAGUUGCAAGGGGGAGGGAUGAAGGCAGAGAGAUUAGUAUAUUUAAAGGGACACUGACAGGUUGAUCAAGAUCUAAAAUUUCAGUUCUGUAAAAUCUGGGUUUGAAACUACCUAGUGUGUCUUCCCACAUUCUUUUUUCAGAACCAUCACUCAGCAUCGUGUUAAUACAGGACAACCAUAAAGUCUAAACUGCCUAGUAUAGUUUCAUUGGCCAGACUAGGAAAAGUGCACAAGAAAACAACAUCAGUAUUGGUGAAAGCAACUUAGACUCAUUCAGUCAUAACAAUCCAAUGUAUCAGCAACAAAUGCCAAGUGCUCAAAAGUUCGUAACCUGA